UCCCGACUCCGCCGCUUGGGGGCUUUCGGCCCCCUCCCAUCACAUGAUGCAGCCGGAGAACAUGGCGCAGGCCUAGGCGAGCCGGGCAGGUGGGCGCAUCGCGUGGCACACGGAGCCAGGAGGCAAGCCGGGCCAGGCAGCGAUUCCUGGCGGGGCCCAGCGUUGCCAUGGUGAAAAUCUUCGUGGGGGGGCUGUCUCCGGUGGUCACCGCCGAGGAGCUGCGCAAGCUCUUCGAACAGUAUGGGCAGGUGAACGAGUGCGACAUCCUGAAGAACUUCGCCUUUGUGCACAUGGAGAAGGAGGACGAGGCGCACCAGGCCAUCAGCUCCCUCCACAAGAGCGAGUUCUUUGGCGCCCACCUGACCGUGGAGUACGCCACCUCCAAGAUCCGCAACGCCACCAAGAUCUACGUGGGCAAUGUUUCCGCCAAGGCUACCACCGCCCAGAUCAGGCAGCUCUUCGAGAGAUUUGGCAAGGUGGUGGAGUGCGAUAUUGUGAAGAACUAUGCCUUUGUGCACAUGGCCAAGGAGCGGGAAGCCAUGGAUGCCAUCUUGAACCUGAACGACACCCCCUUGGAGGACCAGAAAAUCUUUGUAACCCUGUCCAAGAGCAAUGGCUCCCUCCGGGCCACUAAGGGGGCUGCCGUACCCACCCCACCUCCCCCAACCCCAAGCUACUACUUCUCUAGGGGUCGCAUCCCCACUCCCGCCCCAACGUACACACCCUACUGUCCCAGGGCUUGGUACGACAGAGAAUAUUGUGACAGGUACUCCUACGAGCUCUAUGAUCGGGCCCGGGCAGCCUACGACAGGGCAUUGCCACCCCCACCAACCCCUGCUCCAGCUGCCUACAGGGAAAGAAGCCCAGUGGGCAGGCGGACAGCUACCCCCACCGCCGUAGUGGCCCAGUACACUGAUCCUUAUGCUGCUGCAGCAGCAGCUGCUGCUGCUGCCGCCAACCAAACCUACAGCCAAGCCUACAGCCAACCUGGGUAUGCAGCAGCUGCUGCUGCCGCCGCUGCCACAUACUCCCAAUAUAGCAUAGGCACUGCCUACAAUGUGGCAGAGUACUACGAGAGGUACGCCAGUGCCUACGCUGCCCAGUAUGCGCAGACAUUCUGACUGUGGUACGCCCCAGCAGUAAGUGUUCAGAGAUCUUAGUUUGCAUGCCAGGUGGCUGGGGAGGGGGGAAAGAAUGAUGUACUCGUGGGGAUCUUAAUCAGUGCCCGGAGCAAAGUGCUUCAAGUUGUACAGUGCACCCUGACCUCCCUCCACCCUGUGUUGGUAAACGUGGGAGAUGGGAUGUAUCCAGAAGUGCAGUGAAUGGAUCCUCUCUCUGCUGGUCGUAUGUGCAUGUGCACACAGGGCCACACAUUGUAUCCAAACAGUGUAUGUGUAUAUAUGUAAUAUGUACAUCUAAGUGGUGUAGAUUUCUUUGCAGGCUCCUCCGUGCUUGUGUGAGGCAGCGCUGGAGCCGUGGCUCUGAGACCCCCUUUGCUGAUCACGCUCUAACCUGCACUGAUUUUUUUACAUCGGCUGCCUUCGAAGGUUGGUGAUGCUGCAUUUUGGUUCUGCUACUCCUUUCCCUCUCUUCCUUCCCUCUUUCUUUGUUUUAUUUUUUCUCUCCCCUCCCCCCUGUCCCGUUUUCAUUCGGUCGUUACGUAAAGCCUGCUUCGAAGAGCCGCCUCGCCAACCCCCGCCUUGCGAAUGAAUCCGAAGAUAAUUUUGCUCGUAGGAAAUGUGUCCGUUUUUGAACUCCUGCCCAAAGCAGUGGGCAUUUGCAAACUCAGUACACUCUGCUAGUAAUCGUUGCUUGCUCCGUGUUGCAUACAGAGCUCUGGUUCCUGGAGCAGAGCUGAGAAAAGUCACAAGGUCCAUAGCCAAGGAAGCUUCCUUUGCUUUUGCUGUAUACCUGAGUACUCCUUUCUUUGUAUAACUGGUGAACAGAGUUUGUUCUUGUUGCCGCAACAUGUUUGCUUUAUCUUUUUUUCUUUUAAAAAAUGUUGAUUAUUAAACGGCUUUUACAGAACCUCUCGCGUCUCGUCGUAAAAUCAGCGUCGCUUUAAUUAUACCCCUUUGUCCGACUUUGCCCUGCCUUCGAC